UCUACUGCUGGGAUGAAUUUUAAAUUGCCUUGAAUGAGUCUCUCCCACUGCUCUGCGGAAAGCACAGGCAGCGCUCUCACCCGGAGAGAGAGAGAGAGAGAGGAAUAGGUCGCAUACACAAAGAGGUAGAGAAAGAGUAGGAGUGGACAGCACCGGAUGGGAGGAGAAAGAGAGGGGACGGACCCAGAGGGAGCGAGGGGAGGAGGCAUCAGAAAAGUAGAUGAGAGGGUGAAGAAAGAGGGAAACUGAAGGAGUCAGAAGAAGGGAGCAGAAGCAAAAAAAAAAAAGGAAGAGGAAAAAGGACAACUCAGCGAAUGAGCUUGGUAGCGUUCCCCCCACAGCUGCAGUGAUCCAAGGACCGGCUGGGGAAGGCAAGCUCACCGGGGAGAAUAGAAAGUGUGGUUUCCGUCUUUUUUUUUCUUCUUUUUUUGCGGGAGAAAAGAGGAGGAAUCAGACAGCUUCUGCAACCUCCUCGUGUCCCGCAGGAGAACAUGGACUCGGACUCCGGCGAGCAGAGUGAUGGAGACCUCUCUCCAGGGCACGAGAGCUUCAACUCGCGCUCCUUGGCUCUGCAAGCCCAGAAGAAGAUCCUGAGCAAGAUGGCGACCAUGGCGGUGGCCAACAUGCUGACGGACGACACCAGCAGCGAGAUCUUGGACGAGCUCUACAAGACCAGCCGCGAGUUCACCAAGAGCAAGAAGGAGGCCCACAAAAUCAUCAAGGACGUCAUCAAGAUCGCCCUGAAGAUCGGCAUCCUGUACCGCAACCACCAGUUCAGCCCCGACGAGCUGGACACGGUGGAGCGCUUCAAGAAGAAGAUGAACCAGGCGGCCAUGACGGCGGUGUCCUUCUACGAGGUGGAGUACACCUUCGACCGGAAUAUUCUCUCCGAGCUCCUGCUGGAGUGCCGGGACUUGCUUCACACGCUGGUCGAGCAGCACCUGACGGCUCGCUCGCACGCUCGCAUCGACCACGUUUUCAACCAUUUCGCCCACGGCGAGUUCCUGGCCGAGCUGUACGGGGACGGAGACGAGUACAGACUCUCUCUGAGGAAGAUCUGCAACGGCAUCAACAAACUGCUGGACGAGGGGACGCUUUAAUCUUUUCCCUCGCCGCUUCCUUCUCGCCCUCCCGCGGACCCUUCGCGUCACUUCCGCCUUUAUCUCUGUCAGCUUCCGGUUUCCUGCAUCCGUUUCCGCGGCGCUCGUCGUAACAUCCCGCAGCUGUGGCUCACUGAGGGUCGUUUUUAUGAAGACUCGGACAACGGGCGUCACGUACGCGUUCGCGGAAAGCCGUCGGAGCGUUCACUCCACGUCCUUGAGAUCCAGCUUCAGCUCCAUGUACUAGUAUACCCUUUGUCCUCACUAAUAAGACUACUGCCACUUUGGCCGACUGGUGCACAGUUGAAUUUUACUCUUCAACUACCGUCCUACACUAGUAACGCUUGGCCCAACUAGCACGUGUCCAUGGAUUAUGGGGAGCCAUUUAAGGACAUUUAUUCAAUGUCCUUAAUAUCCAGCUUAACAGCCAUGUACUAGUACGGUAGUUCUCCUCACUAGUAGGACAAUUCCGUGCACUAGUAGAAUGUCUUUCUGACUAUUACUGCUUCUUCCACUUCUAGUAGUAGCACAUGAUAUUAGUGAGGCAAAACUCCACAGUUGACAACUGUGUGCUUCUCGUGCCACUAGUGAGUGACGUUGUAGCAUUCUACUAGUUAACAUCCAGGGCUUCACUAGUAGUACGCAAAUGUCAAUCAGGGGACAGUUUUGCCUCGCUCGUGGCAGAAAUGUCUUACGUAGUACAGUAGUGGAAAAAGCGUUCCUAAUAAGACAGUCGUUCUACUAGUGCAGACAGACAGGGGAAAUUAGUGCAGGAACCGUAAACUGGAUAACGAAUAAAUGAUAGAGCUGCCCUCCAUAUGUCUUCCCUUUUGUGUGUGUGUGUGUGUGUGUGUGUGUACCAAUGGCCCAAAAACAUACAUUGGGUAUAUUUGCAUUUGGAAGAUAAUAAUCAGUCAUCGGUCCUUUUCUUUGGGGGGUGUUUGCAUACAUGUUUGUUUGGGCUUGGCAUAAAUCAUCUUGUACAUAAAACCAAUGACAUGUUUCUGUGUCAAACUUGUCCAGGGUGUAUCACUUGUCUUUUAUUCAAGAUUUCUUGUCGUUUCUUGUGACAAUAGCAGGAAGAACACCAUCGCCUCAUUCUUCUCCGAUGGAUGUUUUUCUCGGCGGCAUAUCGAGGACAAGAACGAUUUCCACGCCUGCUACGGUCAAAUAAGUUUCCGACAUGACUGCUUUUUUUUUUUUUUUUUUUUUGAAGCUAAAAUUGUCUCCAAGACAGGAAUUAUACGGAUGGAUUGGAUCGGGAAAAUAAACCACAAAUUGCACACGAGGCCACAAGUUUCCUGUUCGCUUCACAAAGACGUACGCGAGGCGUGACUUUGCCGGCGUGCAUUUGGAAAUGUCACGCUGGAAACCUUUUCUGCUUCACAGGACGGCCGACCCCGAAGUCCGCAUCCGUCCUCCUUUUACGCCAAAAGACGAACACGUCAAAGUUAGCUCAGCGGUUAUUGGUCGCGAAAUUCAUGAAGCGGGGGGAAGACGUCAAAAUGACAUGGUCUAGUUUUUCUUCCAUGUUAAGAAAAGUAAAAGAUACACUGGCCGUCAGCCAACGACGGCCGUUACGAGUCCAUUUAUGAGGCUUCAACGAAGCGAACAUGCACGUUUUCGGAACGUGGGAGGAAGUGCCACAAGUUUUCCGGGGUGCCUGGAGAAACCCCGCGAAAGGGAGAACAUGCAAGACUCCACAAAGGAGGUCUUGAGUCGCGAUUUGAAAACGCAACUUCUCGACUGCGUGCCAGCCCGAAAUACACUAUCGGUACAGAACGCGCAUUGUUCAAAUUUGGUAC